AUGAAAGCCGCCUCAAUCAUUACAAUUGCUUCUAUGGUAUGCAUAGCAGCCGCAAAAGCUGUCGGUGUCAAUUUAGUCACUGAAUCUAUCAACUUUAAAGAUGUUGACAAUAAGGGAUUGUACAGUGUCUACGAAGGUGCGGAUCUCAACUUUCUAUUUUUGGGGAAUUCCUCCGUAGGACAACAACUAAAGUUUGACGCUAACAAAACGCAGCUUUAUGACGACUCCAUAAAUUAUCCCAAGAAUUUCACUGUAUAUGAUAAUGUUGCUGCAUUAACGGUCAUCCAAACAAAUGCCAACUUUGCUGUUGUUGGAGACUAUAUCUCAAUCAAUGGCUCCACCACGGGUUUCUAUGCCUGUAAAAAUAUUAGAGAUCCGGAACAAUACAGUGUGAGAGAUUAUGCAUUGACAUUCUUUGAAGACGUCGAUGCUCCCUCUGGUUGCAAGCCAGUUAAAGUAAAAGUCAAACAAGCAUGA